AUGUUGGUUUGGUCGCUUCUAUCGCUUUGUCUAUCUCUAAAGGUAGUGAUGGCAUUCAACUAUACCGUCGCCAACGUCACGUCGUUCUCUAACAUCACAGAUAAUUAUAAUUAUACAAACUCACAUACCUCCAAUGAUUUCCAAUACAUGGGAGUAGCCCUCGGUGGGUGGUUGCUUUUGGAACCGUAUAUUACCCCUUCCCUUUUUCUUGAGUUCAAUGCUACCUCCAAAAAUGUUUCGGACAUUCCUGAUGACGAGUACCAUUACUGUGAGUAUCUCGGUCAAGAUGAAGCCAUCAAGAGGCUCUCGAACCACUGGGACACAUUCUAUAACGAGUCAGACUUCGAGGCCAUCAAAAAUUAUGGGUUCAAUAUGGUGAGAAUACCAAUUGGAUAUUGGGCCUUCGAUAUGCUUCCUGAGGAUCCAUACGUUCUGGGUGCUCAAGAGUACUUGGACAAGGCUAUUGAUUGGGCCCAUAAAUAUGAUUUGAAGGUGUGGAUCGAUCUACACGGUGCUCCGGGCUCUCAGAAUGGAUUUGAUAAUUCUGGAUUGUUUUUGGCUAAUGAGCCUGGAUGGCAAGAUAAGCAAGAGUAUGUCAACUUAACUCUUCUGGUUUUGCAACAAAUUUACAUCAAGUACGGUAGCCAGGAAUUUUCGAAAGAAUAUGGAGACACUAUUCUUGGGAUUGAGGUACUCAACGAGCCCUUGGGACCCAAAUUAGACAUGUCCAAGUUGAAAUCAUUCUACAACCAGUCUUACUUGGAUGCCCGAGCAUAUCAGGAUACCAACAAUACGAUUGUGUUCCAUGAUGCUUUUCAAAGUGCUGGAUACUGGGACAAUUUUUUGGACUCCAGAGGAAAACUUUCGGGUAGACUUCAGAAUUACAACAUCAUGAUCGACCAUCAUCACUACGAGGUAUUUUCUUCUGGUCAGUUGGGUGUUUCCAUUGCACAGCGCAUCACAAACAUCAAAAACUACUCGUCGGGUCUUGGUGACGAGAGCUCACACCCGUCAGUAGUUGGCGAAUGGAGUGCAGCCUUGACGGAUUGCACUCCGUGGCUUAACAGUGUACAUUAUGGUUCUAGGUGGGAAGGUACCUAUCCAUUUACGAACAAUCCGAUAGAGGACAAGUCAAUUGGGAAUUGUGCUAACAUCAAUGACUGGAGCAAGUGGACGGAUCAGCAUAAGAGAGAUACUCGGAAGUUCAUAGAGAUCCAGCUUGACCAGUAUGAGAGCAACACCAAGGGAUGGAUUUUCUGGUGUUACAAGACAGAAACUACUAUUGAGUGGGACUUUAAGAGAUUGGUGGAGUUUGACUUGUUUCCACAGCCUUUCUCCAAUAGAACAUACAUUAAGAAUGGCACAGAUACUGCUCCAGAUAAGAGUGGGGCCAGUCAGGUAGGCAUGAGCAUGGUGGUUGUUGCUGGAGUGAUGGUUGCGCUUAUUCUUUGA